AUUUUCGUUGAUUUUCGUCGGCCUUGCAGUCACUUGCAGUUGCGCACGCAAUGUGACGUGACGAGUUUGUGCAGUGAUCGAAUAAACAUGGUCGUUCGUGGUGACACUUGCUCCAGCACACAGUGUCGGUGCAGACUUAUCAAUUAGACUUUUGAUUUGUUUGGUUAUAAUGUGAGUUCGAGCGGCAGCUUGCGAGGCGUCUCACGCAGGUGCUCGUAAGACUCGUACCGGCAAUGAACGUCAAACAACGUGACGUAAUAUCGCGCAACUGAGCUCCCAAUAGCUUCCUUCGUGGCCGAUACCGAUCCCUCCAAUAUUUUUGCACAAAAGUCAUGACUCGCUCCAGAGAAACGAUCCUAUUCUCUGCGAAUACAUUCGCACUGAUUGAUUACGACGUUUUGUCUCCCGACUUGUGGGUGUCAACGAAUUGAGUGCGUUAAAUUUCAAGGGAGAAAUUCACAUCUAAAAGAUGAUCGCACAGGGAACUCGAUUUUAAAUUAAAAGAACUGGCACAUAGAGUUUUGAUCCACCGCUUAGCAUGGUACCGUGGCCAAGGCUGAUUAAAAACAUUGAAUAUGAAUACCGUGAGCUUCUGUACAAACUCACAAGGAUGUUCAGACGUUAUAUACUUUCACAUUUCGUAAACUGUGGUUCGAAGGCAGCAGGCAUUUUGGCCCCAUUGACUAUUCCGCCAUUGCACAUUGCCUUCCUUUACUAUUUUUGGAAAGAUUUUUCGCGCGAUGUCGACAAGCAGUAUUGCACGUGUUCAUGCUGGGACACCGUAUUUAAAGGGUCUUACGAGUCUGGAGUGGCCUCGUACAAGCACAUGUACUUCAAUGCCACAAACAACACCUUGAAAAUUUGGUUCACCAUAGUCGUCGGAGUGAUCGUGUUUUACGAGACCGUCAAGUAUCUGUCUCACUUGGCACUGCAAAAUCGUCUGCGAUUCGGCAUGCUGGUUUUAUUUUCCACCGCGGUGUUCUCUCACUAUUACUCCUGGUGGGUCUACAUCAAUUACUGGAACGACGACUUCUACUCUCAGUGGUAUCAUCAGCUGUUCUUCUCCGUUACCGAGCUAAUAUCCACCGCCCUCGUCGUCCACCUGGCGGAUCGCAAGCAUUCGAUUACUCAUCGGAAAGCAUUUGGUAUCGCUGCAAUAGCUAUUUUGCAUAUUCUCGCCGGUGGUUGGGACCAAUUCGUUACAAACGUGGUCAGAGGUGAGGGCUACGCUCACCAGGUUGUUCGGGAUCUGGGCUUCAUGAUCCCGGACAUUCUGCACGUUGUCAUUCCCCUGUGGUCCUUGCGAUGGUGCGACAUUCGCAGUCUUCCUGGAGCUGGCCUACAAGAAUCUAGUAUUAAAAAGGAUCUAACAUGUAUGUUAGGCAUGGUGGCCAUGGGUUUGUGCGUUUGCUCCGUCUUGUAAAGCGAAUCGCCGUGAUUAGUAUUUUCAGAAAUUGCACUUUGUUUUACCUCGACCACCGAGGUCUCGGGUGCCGAUCGAUCAUUUAUACAACUUAUUAUAAAAGAAAAUCUGGAGAAACAUCGGUUGUUCAGGUAAAACAAGCAGCCAAGAUUCGAUGCAAGGAGAAACGUCCUUACGAGAAAUCUGACGUUACCGUGAUAGGUACUUGAUUACUUUAAUUACACGUCCCGUCCAAUCCUUGUCAAUACGUAUUUUUAGUUUGUAAUCUUUUUUUAGUCGCGAGCGUUUUUAUACGUCUACAGGAACAUUUACAGGAAGUAUCGUUUAUUUUCAACAACUGCCAAUAGGGCCGAUUGUACGUCAGAUUUUUUUUCAAUUUAUAUUCGACCUCACUGAAAAAAAAUCAAUUAUAUAUAUAAUUUUGUUAAACAAAAUGGCCUAAUUUGUGAUAAGUUAAAAGACCGUGAUUUAAAUUUCGCGGCACGAGUUAUAUAUUGUUGCUACCGACCAAAUAACUUUAUUCGUUCAACGAAUGUCCGAGUUUAAUGCUCUGAGAUAACGUGGAAAGUAUUACCGUAAGAUUGCAAAAUCAAAGGUGGACUGCAAAAGACUGUUAACGCGAUGCAAAGUCCGAUAAUUGUCAGGGGAGAUUGUUACCGAAAUCGAGGAGAGCUCAGCGACGAUUCCGCUACCACUUGUCUAGGGAUUAUUUUUCUUGUAAUCAAGCUGUAAUCGAGUAAUCGGAGUUUUAAGCAAUUAACAGGCCAUAUCCCCGUUACGCAUUGUAGGGUGCGAUUACGCAUUAUCGAUAGCGCGGUUACGAAUCCCUCUUGGUUUCGUAAUAUCCUAACGCCAUAUCAUUAACGUGUACAAUUAGAAUCGUGUUACGUUACCAGUGAUUAGUACCUUGUAGUAUUUAGGUCGUUCUCGAAUCGUUAAGCUAGAACGUAGUUCUUCCGAUAUUACGUAGGCCCAUUAGGCGAUAAUUAUAGACCGUACUUAAAUCGCGCCUAAGUACGCGAAUACUGUGUUUAAAUCAUUCUCGGGUACUUCGGACAUUUCGAAACUCGAAAUUCCAGGUCCCCGAUCGACUCGUUCUCGAUUUUUAACGACGUAGGGAAACGCAAAUCGGCGGCUUAAAGGGAUGCGAAAGUGGCGCCAAAGAGGUCUCGUUUGUGAAACUUUUGACCGAAUUGAGUGUACCAAAUCGUUCCAAACUUUAUACCGUGAAU